AUGCCGUGUCAGGAUGUGACUCAAAGUCUGCUGUUUUCGGCAUGGAAGGAGCGAGAGUUCGUUGCGAGGCAUAUUGAGACGACAGAACCCAAGGUCGGGAAACCAAACCCUCGACGCAGCAAAACGCAUGCUUAUUACCUCACAGUUAAUGGAAAGCGCUUGAAAGUGUGUAGGAACACAUUCCUUGCAACCUUGGGUAUUUCAGAGAAAUUUAUCCGAGUUGUUUUGGCUUCCUCCAGCAAAGAGUAUCUCCCAGACCUCACAUUGUCCAAAAUGUACGACAUGUUCGUGAAAGAAAACCCAUGCAAUGACAUCCCAAGUUUUUAUACAUACAGACGAGUGUUCAAGAGGAAAAGCCUGGCCUUUCAUAGUCUUAAAAAGGACCAAUGCUCACUCUGCAACUUUUUCCGAAAAGGGGACGAAGCUCAGAAAAAUGAACUCAGGGAAAUUUACAACAGGCACGAAGCAGAAUAA